CACCGGAUGUGACGUUUAGGACAAAACUCGUCCGUUUUUUUCAGGUUGGCAUGGCUUUCAGGUGAUAAACAAAACGUUUAGUAGUUCAGUAACUCUCCUUUCCACGCUUUUUGCGGUCUUUUGUGUUAGUCAAUACACAUUUGUUUAAAAUGUCACUUUAAAAGGUGUCCGUCGGUGAGCGCCUGUAACAAUGUGAAGCUAGCUCACAUUAGCCGUCAGCGCUAACAGUGCUGCUGCCUUUUGGGAAAUGUCCGCCUGUUUAUCUGAAGAAAAUGAAGAGAAAAGUUUCCAAACUGAGACUGAGCCCCAACGAAGAGGCUCGGAUAUUACGAGAGGAGUGCGAAAGGAGGAGGAAACUGCGAAUACAACAGGUACGGGAGCAGCAGCGGCACUUUGCACAGCAGAUCUGCCGAGAGGUUGAGCAGAAACAGCAGCGUGAACUGAAACAGCUGGAGGAGGAGCUGAGGCUGGACUGGGAGCGACAGCAGAGGGAGAAACUCCAUAAACUGGAGAGGUUAUACCAGGAGAGCCUCCAGCUUCUUGGUCAGGGGCACCGGAGUGCAAAGGAAAAUGAGCCCGACCUGGCGGCCAUCGCUCAGAGGGAGGAGGAAAAUCACGCCAAAGCAGAGGAGCGUUAUCGAGAAGCUCUGAAGGAGCUGAAAUCACAGAGGAUUAAAAACCACGAGAGGCAAAACCAAUUCAUCAGUGCAAGGAAAAAGGCCCUGCAGGCAGAGAAGGAAAGAUCAGCGAAAGUGUCCAGCCUCCCACCGCCUCCACCAAACCCCAUUCAGAGCAUAAAUCCCAAGAAGCCACAUGUAGUGAAGAGAUCUGAUGUGAGUGCCUUCGCUGCCACUCAUUACCACAUGCCAGAAAGUGCAGUGGACAGAGAGCUGGACACAGAGCAGCCUAACGCCCGUGAAGAAGCUGAGCUGGAGGUGAAGAGACUGCAUGACCUCCAGAGGGAGGAGAAGAGGAGGAGGGAGGAGCAGCUGGAGAAAGCUCGUCUCAGGGGGAGGGAGGCUCUGAGGAGGGAACAGCUUGUGCAGGAUCGUGAACGUUUAAUGGUUGAACUGGAGCACAUGCAGCAGACGGACCUGCUGAGGAGGAGACAGCAGGUAUCACAGAUGCCUCCUCAGAUCUUCCAGCCUCUCUACAAGAGGCAGGAGACGAGGGAGGACUUCCAGAGGGAGAUGGAGUUUGCCUUUGAGGACAUGUACACCGGAGAGAGGAGAGUUAAAGGCGACCUGGUGGUCCGGCUGGUGCCUGAACCUCUUCCAGCUCCAUCUACAGGCACCCAGGACCAGGAACUGGAUGUUACACUGGAUGAAAUAAACACAGCUGAAACUGAAAAUACACAGCAUGACACUGAGGAAGACGCUGGCAGCACUGAGCAGGAAACAUCUGCUGAAGCGGAGCCGUCCAGACCUGCUCCUAGACGGGCGUUGAAGAAACUCCUGGAUCGCAUCAGGAAUCAGAGGAACCAGUGGACCAACAGCAGCCGAGACCCUGCGGCUGAUUCACCGACCGUCAUAUCAGACCAGAUCCCAGAGCGAGACACGUCCAUUGAAACAGGAUCUCUGACCGCCGAGGAGAAAGACAAACCUCCAGAGCCCCGUAAACCUGCCCUCUCUUCACCUGCUGCAGCUGACUCCUCACUCUCUGAUGUUUUGGCCGACAGAAUCCAAGACUUUGAAGAAGAACGAAAGAAAAGGGAAGAGGAGCUGGAGAGAGAGAAGCAGCAGCAGGUGGUUUUGCUGCAGGAGUUGGAGGAACAGAAGACCAAACUGGAGCAGAUGCUGCUGGAAGCUCAGCAGGAGAGAGAAGAUCUGAAGGCGGCUGUGGCCCAGAAAGAACCUGUUUACCCACCAGAAGUACCUGUACGAGACGAGGAAGUUACUCCUGGAGUAGCCGCUGAGCUGCUACCUCCUGCAGGUGAAGACGAACACACCAGAAGGAUUAGAGAAUACCAGCAGCAGCUGCUGGAACAAAACAGAAUUCAUCAGAGGUCAAUGGAAGCUGCUCGCCAGCGCCUGGAGGAAUACCAGCGAGCUCUUCGAAUCCGUUACAGCAUGGCCACCACGUCGCUGCAGCCUCCCAUCGUACCUCCAGGUCUCGUUCAACCUCCUCUUCACGGUACUCAGCCUGUACAUCCUCCAGCUCCUCUACAAAUCCCUACAGCUCCUGCAUACCUUCAUGAUGAGCCACAAACCUCCAGACAGCCCAACAUGUCGGCCUCACAUCCCCAUCGUCCUGGUUCCAGUUUGAGCGGCUCCAAGCUGCUGCUGGAUGAAGUGGAGUCGUUCAGUCAGAGGAAGCGGAGACCAGACGUCACCACCUGGCUGACCGAUAACAUCAUGCAGAGAGUAACGGAGCAGCUUCCAGAGAGACUGAAAUCCCCCUCAGCCUCCAGAGAAAUGAACAAACUGUCCACAACUGGUCUCUCAACCAGCUUCCCACUCCAGCCUGGUCCCAUUCAAACCAGUAACCAGAGCUUCAGAGACCCUCAACAUGUCGUGACACCACAGAUCUCCCAGCAGACCGAGUCUCUGAGCUCCACAGAGGAUGACGUGGAGACAAAGAGACGACAGCUGCAGGAGGUCCAGAGGCGGAUGUUGAAGCAGAGGGAGGCGGUGAAGCUGCAGCAGAAACAACAAGAAGAGGAGAGACAGCGCCACCAGGUGGAGAUGGAGCAGAUGAGGAGACAGAAGGAGGCGCUGCAGGCUCUGAUUCAAACCGAUGAAGAACCAGCUUCAGAAACCGCCAGUGACGAGUUAGUUUCACAGAACAUCAAGGAAAGUCGCCUCAGGUUACUCACAUCUCUGCUGAGAGCGAUAGAAGAAUCUAACGGAGGAACUUUAUCGCACCUAGAAGACUCUCAGGAGAAAGAAGAGUCUCCUCAAGAGCUGCCAUCUGAUGGUGGAGAGACAGCUCCCAGCGCUCAGAUCAGUGCUCCUCCUGUUCCCGUCCCAGCCUCCGUCCUCCCCUCAGGACUCCUCCAUCCUCCUCGAGCAGCGAAGCCGCCGGUCACUCGGGUCCGACUGGGCUUCAUAGAAAUGACAGAGCAACACGAGCUCAGCGCCAUUCAAGAGGUGGAGACUCCAGUCGACAGCAGCCACGUCACAGGUCUGGAGGACAGCGUGGCGACUCCUUCACAGGCCGAAGGCUGGAAUCUACAGCAGGAAUCACAGUCUCAUGUGGCCUCUGAUAAAACGUCUUCUGCCUCCAGUAAGAGAACGACCAGCUCAGGAACGUCCAGCCAUCUCAUGUGGAGGAAGAAGCUGCUGAUGGAGGCAGGAACUUCUCCAGAACCCUCAGACUCUGAGUCAGUCGUGAGAAUAAUCUCACCAGUUUCCUCCGACUCUGGAAGAGGAGCUGACGUCUCUGGUCCAGCAGCUACCAGCUACAGAUGUCCAGCAGAGUCUCCACAUCAGUCUCCUGAGUCCGACUGCUUCUCCAGCAGCAUCUCCACCGGCAGCUACGUCACCACCGACCCCGAGCACAACAGCAACUCUGAUAAAUCUCCGCCUCUCAAACAACAAAGUGAAGCCGCUUUGCACGACGUCUCGUCUCCAGCCGCUCAGAGUGUGAAGGAAAGUUCGGCUGCAGGUUCUUCUGGUCUGGACGGAGAUUCUGUGUUUGACGACAGCAGCGUCCAGCGGAUUAUAGACAAAUACAUGAAGGAGCUCAACAUCUCCCUCAGCACUGCAGGGAGAACCACAGACAGUGAAGGAUCAUACAUGGAGGAAGCUGCUUCUUCAGUUUCUCAGCCGUCUUUGGUUCGAGUCUCGGUGAGCAGACGGCAGGAUGGAAACUCUACGAGUCGACAGUUUCUGCUCUCAGACCCAGCAGGAGCUCAGAGGAGCAGACUGGAGCAGGAGAACCCAGUCGACGCCACCCCGUCUCUGGCUGAUGACCACGACUCUUUCCGGCCUCUGAUUGGCCAGCUGGCGGAGCUCUCUUCCUGCCUCGCUGCUCCUCAGAGGGACUCGGCUCUGGAGCAGCUGGUGGGUCAGCCGUCGGCUCAGUCGUCGGCCAUCGGUCACCUGCCGGGUCUGUCCCCGAGCCUCGGUGGAUGGGAUUCAACUCUGAGCCGCACGAUUGGUCGCCUCUCCCACCGGCCGAGCUCUGAUUGGCCGAGCGGCAGGCAGGAGUUUCAGCUGAUGGGUCAGACGGAGCCGUCGUGGUUGGAAGAAGCUGUGGAGGAGAGUCGGAUGAAGCCGCUGGUUGGAGAGCUGGACGAGUCUGCUGGUACAGACACAGGCAGUGAAAGAAGCCACGAGGCUCUUGGUGUCCAACCUGAGGUCGGCGUCCCUUCACACCUGACGCUGCCUCCAGAGGCCUCAGCACACAUCGUCACCUGUGAUCCAGGUGUGAGUCUACGUCCAGCGAACCAGACGAGGCAGAACCGAACCAGUCUGGUGGAAAUGAGCUCACAGAGGGUUGAAGAACUUUAUUGUGCUCCAUCACCAUUCCUAGCGUUCAUCGGCUCAGAUUCUUUCCACCCGCUGCUGCCUGAGGUCACCCACAAUGAAACGGCAGACCUGUCCAUGACCUUCCACCUGCCUGAACACAGCCUGCCUUCCUCUCCUGAAGGACGUCCAGCUAGCGGACGACACGGUGCUUCUGAUUAUUCUACAGAGUCCGAACCUCGUGCUAAUCUUUCCGCUGGGUCCGAUCCGUCACCGGAGCGUCUUCGAGCGGAGGAGCCGCCCGGAUACUCGGCUUCAUCUCCUGCUCUACAUGAAUCCUUCUCCCAGCUCGUUACCUCCCGGUCUCAGCCCCAUGAGUCCAUCCUCACAGUGUCCCCCACAGCGACGGCAGACGUGCAGCAAACCGCUCAGAUUCUGUUACAUUUAACUGUGUGUGAUGAUCCGCAGCCAGAGGUGCAGAUUUCUGAAAGGCCUGAAGAUUCAUUUUCAUCCAGUGAGCUGAAGUCUGAGCGGAACCUGAGGGUUUCUGUUUCUGAUGAGAUACUGGAAGCUGCCCACAAAGAGAGGGGGAUCCUGGAGCAGUCGGAGAUAACACUAGUGAGCCUGAUGGACUCCACUCUGCAGGACCAGGACGCCACCAUGACGGAGGAAGACGGACCAGAAGGCCACGAGACGGAGGACUCAGAAUCUCUGUUGUUACCUGAAGACGGCAGCCAAACACAUCCAGUGACGGCCCUCGAGUUUCAGUGGAGUCCCAGCAGAAACCUGCAGGAGGUCCACCAGCAGAAACUCCAAGUUCUGCUGCAGAGAUCCAACCGUAGGGUGGAAGAGAUCAAGGCCAAAGCAGCUCUAAGCAAGACUCAACCAGCAGUCAAAGCUCCAUGUGAAGGCAGAGAACAGCCUAAAGCUGAUAAAGCUCCACCAGCCGUCUGUAAAGCAAAAACUAAGUCAGAAGUUCAGCUCAAAGCCGACAUGAAGUCAAAGGGAGGACCAGCUGUGCUCCAGACUCAAGAGAAAUCUGGGCUCAUCAAGCAGAAAACGCCUCAGCUUCCUCCUGCAGUGAGCCGUUCUGCACAGAAGAAGGUGGACGAGGUGAAAAUCUGCAGUCCGGAGCAAAGAAAACGCAACACGACUGAGAUGCACCAGAGAACCCAGAGACUGUACGAGCAGCUGGAGGAGGUGAAGCAGCAGAAAGCCGUCAGGAGCCGACAGGAAGACGGAGCGAAAAACAGACUGAAGGCAAAGGAGUUCCACAAGAAAACCCUACAGAAGCUUCGUGCCAAGCAGAGCCGACAGUGAAUGUGUCGUAGUUUUACCUUUUUAGUUUUAAUUUAUGUUUUAUCAAUAAAGCUUUUAAGUUAUUGAAA